AUGGAACCUUUUUCCCUUCACGGUCCCGGGUUUGUUAACCUAUUAGCUUCGCAGAGCAGUAGUCCAAUAGACGUUGACUCUGCUGAGGCUGCAGUUAACUCACCCGGGUUAGUUAAACCACCGGAAAGGAGAAAGUGGACAACCAAAGAAGACCUUGUACUGAUCAGUGCUUGGUUAAACACCAGCAAAGAUCCGAUAGUUAGUAAUGAACAGAAGUUAGGGACUUUUUGGAAGAGAAUUGAGGCGUAUUUCAAUUCUAGUCCUCAGCUCAUUGGCUCCCUUCCUCGAGAGUGGGGUCAAUGUAAGCAGAGGUGGGGAAGGGUGAAUGCAGAGGUCUGCAGGUUUGUGGGUUCCCAUGAAACGGCUCUGAAGGAGCAAUCGAGUGGGCAAAGUGAAAAUGAUGUCAUGAAGACUGCGCAUGACAUCUAUUUCAAUGACUACCAUCUCAAGUUUGCGCUUGAACAUUGCUGGAGGGAACUCCGGUUUGAUCAGAAGUGGAGGUCACACUCUCAGCCGAAGGAGAAAAGGAAGGAAGGUGGUGCGGAGGCGGUGCGUGAGGAGGAAGAGGUUAGGCCUCCUGGUGUUAAGGCUAGCAAAGCUGCUAAACGCAAGAAGCCAAAUGAAGCAGCUUAUGAUCAUAUACAUACCAUCCUAGCUGAGAAAAAUACCAUUUCCAGACAAAAGAUCCUUGAUCGUUUGCUAGCCAAAAACAUAGACACACUUUCUGAUAAUGAAGUGGCUCUCAAGAAUAAACUCAUCUCUGAAAUGCUUUGA